AUGGCGGAUACUAUUCCACUUCUUAAAUUUUCAUAUGGUUUAAAAGAACAGUCUCAUCAGUAUGUUAAUGUUGAUUCUUGUAUAAAUUUGGAAAAUAAUUUAAAUCAAAAUUCCAAUAUAUUUUCAUCUCAUUCUAUUAAGGCAAAGAAAGAUUUAUUAAAAAAUGUAUGGGGCAAUCUUGUUUUUAUAAUGUUAUGGUUUAUUUUUUCAAUAAUAUUAUCUUUGUAUAAUAAAUGGAUGUAUUCGGAAAAAUAUUUUAAUUUUAAAUUUCCUUUAUUUUCUGCAUGUUUGUUUUUAAUUAUUUAUGAUAUGGUUGUUGAUUUUAUUCUAGGUGUACAUAUUUUGAUUGAAUUUUGUGUUUCUAUAGUUAUUAUGAGAUUAUUUCCUCAAUAUCAACCUGUAAAUAAAGGUUUUGAGAUGAAGGAUCACUUAAUGAAAAUUAUUCCAUGUGGUAUGGCUACAAGUUUGGAAAUUGGACUUUCAAAUAUUUCUCUUAGAACAAUAACUUUGUCGUUUUAUACAAUGUGUAAGUCAUCGUCUCUUGGAUUUGUUUUGUUAUUUGCUUUUAUUUUUGGACUUGAAAAAAUAAGCAUAUCUCUUAUUAUUAUUAUUAUUAUUAUUACAGUAGGUGUUGUUAUGAUGGCUUCAACACAAAUAGAAUUUGUUUUUGAAGGAUUCUUUAUGGCUAUUACGGCAUCUGCCUUUGGAGGGCUUAAAUGGUCACUUGUUCAGCUGAUGUCUUUGGCUGAUUCAAUUUCUUUCAAUCCGUUUUCAUUUAUAUAUUUCCUUUCUCCAUCUAUUUUUUUUACUUUGAUGCUUAUGUCACUAUUAGUAGAAGGAUUAAUGAACAUAGUAUAUUCGCCUUUUUGGGACUAUGGUAUUAAUGCUAUAAUAAUUUUAGUAUUUCCAGGAAUCAUUGCUUUUUUUAUGAUUAUAAGUGAAUUUUGGUUAAUUAAGAGAACUAGUGUUUUAACACUUUCAGUUGCGGGAAUAUGUAAAGAAGUUAUUACAAUGGGAGCAUCUGCUAUCUUUUUUAAAGAUCGUCUUACUUUUAUAAAUAUUAUAGGUUUUUUUAUAACGCUUACUGGAAUUAUAUUAUAUAAUUUUUUAAAAUAUUAUUCAUUAAAAGAAAUAGAGUCUCCUAGAAAAUUAAAUAGAAAGACAACGCCCUUAAUUAAUACUGAUGAAUUAUUUCCUUUGGAACCAUAUGACGAUAUAGAGGAUUUUUCAAAAAGAUAG